UCAAAAAGUGUCAGAAAUGGGCACCAUCACAUUUUCUUCUUGGUUUUUCCUACCAAGUCUCUUGUUGCUUUUAUGUUUGUACAAUGAAGUUGCUUUUGGUGGUGGCUAUAGCUAUACUUCUCCUCCUCCACCUACUCCUAGAUGCCCUCCUCCUCCACCACCACCACCACCUCCUCCUCCUCCACCUAAAUGCCUUCAUCCUCCUCCACCACCACCACCACCACCACCACCACCUCUUAAACCCAUUUGCCCCCCACCUCCACCGCCACCACCUCCGCCGCCUCCACCACCUCCACCGCCACCACCUCCAGACCCCUACUCGAGAUUAAAAGAGGCCAACAAAGUACUUCAAAAGUUCAAAUUUAAAGUCAAGGAUGACCCAAAAGGGUGUGUAAAGAACUGGAAUGGCGAGUACCUAAAAGUAUGCAACUACACUGGCAUAGCCUGUGCCAAUUAUCCAACGGACAAGAAACUAGCAGUUGCUGGAAUAGACUUCAAUGGGUGUGGGCUCAACGGUCACAAUAAUCAACUUCUACUCUCUGAAUUCGUUGAAGAGUUAAAAGACCUAACAUUCUUCCACGCAAACUCCAACAAUUUCACCGGUGACAUCCCCAGCAAAAUAUCCGAAAAUCCAUACUUCUACGAGCUGGACCUUAGUAACAACAAGCUCUGUGGCAGUUUCCCCUAUCAAGUUCUUGCUGCCAAAUAUUUGACUUUCUUGGACCUCCGGUUUAACGAUUUCGCUGGCACAGUUCCACCUAAAGUGUUCACCUUAGAUGUGGACGUACUUUUCAUCAACAACAACAAAUUCCAGCAAAACCUUCCAAGUAAUCUUGGCUCCACGCCAGCCCUUUAUCUCACUCUGGCCAACAACAUGUUCACUGGGCCAAUCCCAAGAACCAUUGGCCAGGCUUCAGAAACCCUUCUUGAGGUGCUCUUCUUGGGCAACAAUCUCACUGGGUGCUUGCCAUCUGAAAUUGGGUUAUUAAAGAAGGCCACAGUUUUUGAUGUGAGCUUCAACCAGUUGAUAGGUCCAAUACCACAGUCAUUUCAGUGCUUGGUCAAAAUAGAGCUGCUCAACCUGGCUCGAAACCAGUUCUAUGGGGAGGUUCCUGAGGCUGUUUGUGAGUUGCCUAAUCUGUCUAACUUCUCCUUAUCAUACAACUACUUCACUCAGGUUGGUCCUAAAUGCAGGAAUUUGAUUGGCAAAAAGAUACUUGAUGUUAGGAAAAAUUGCAUUCUAGGCCUUCCUAAUCAGAGAUCAGAGGCUGAUUGUACUGCAUUUUUCUCCAAGUGCCCCGCUUGCCCCAAUCUGCAAUCCUUGCACAAAGUAAUUUCAUGUAAGCAUUAUACAGGUUCACUUGGUGCCUCUGAUAAUCAACCAAUGGCUGUAGCUCCGUCACCAAGAUCCUAUGAUACUCUUAAACCGCAUAGGUUGUGAUUUUCCUGCUCUAAAUUGACUUAAUAAGGUUAAGUCAUGAUCCAUGAAGGGCCUUUGUAUUGUAUUUGCCUGUCUGUUUAUUCUCUUAACAUUUGUAAAGUUAUAAAUAAGCAAUGGCCAUCUUGACUUGAGCAGAUGGUAAUUGAUGGAAGUAAUGUAUCACUGAAUAUCGUCGAUCAUAAAUGGAUUCAUCAGAUUGUCUUCAUGA